UCUAAAUGGAUCUAAACAAGAUGGAUAUGUGCUAAUCUUCGGAAGAAACAUCUUACUAUCAAUAUUUAAGGAGUUCUGUGAAUUACAGUUAAACUGUAUUAGAAUUAAUUGGUGUUAAUUAAGAAUUAAGAAAAUGUUGACCGCCGCUGCGAAUUCAUUGUCAAAUAACGGAGGUUCUUACAGCAAUGACAGACCGUCAAAUACCACAGAUCCUGAACUCGCAACGGAUCCUGCUUCUGGAGGAUUUUUUCAUUCAGAUUAUAAAAAGCAUGAAGAUUUGAAACAAAUGUUGGAUAGUAAUAAAGAUGGACUUAAACUGGAAGCUAUGAAACGUAUAAUUGGGAUGAUAGCAAAAGGAAGGGAUGCAUCGGAAUUAUUUCCAGCUGUAGUCAAGAAUGUUGUAUCAAAGAACAUAGAAGUGAAGAAACUAGUUUAUGUUUACUUAGUCCGUUACGCAGAGGAUCAACAGGAUCUUGCAUUGUUAUCGAUCUCUACAUUCCAGCGCGCUUUAAAAGAUCCUAAUCAAUUAAUAAGAGCCAGUGCUUUGAGGGUACUUUCUAGCAUACGCGUAUCAAUGAUUGUUCCUAUCGUGAUGCUUGCUAUUAAAGAUUCAGCUAGUGAUAUGUCACCAUACGUUCGGAAAACUGCAGCACAUGCUAUUCCUAAACUCUAUUCACUGGAUUCCGAGCAGAAAGAGGAACUGAUCAGUGUUUUAGAGAAGCUGCUUUCUGAUAAGACAACUUUAGUUGUGGGUUCAGCGGUAAUGGCCUUUGAAGAGGUUUGUCCUGAAAGGAUAGACUUAAUACACAAAAACUACAGGAAACUGUGUAACUUGUUAGUAGAUGUUGACGAGUGGGGCCAAGUUGUUAUAGUCAAUAUGCUCACAAGAUAUGCAAGAACUCAAUUUGUUAAUCCAAACGUAGAUAACACAGAAGAAGAUGAAAAUCGGCCAUUUUAUGAUUCUGAUUCGGAUUCGUCAAAUACAAAGAAACCAAAAUUAUCGUUAGACCCUGAUCAUCGGUUAUUAUUAAGAAACACGAAACCUCUUUUACAAAGUAGAAAUGCUUCCGUUGUAAUGGCAGUGUCUCAAUUGUAUCAUCACACAGCACCACGAAGCGAAGUAAUCACUGCUGCUAAAGCACUAAUUAGAUUAUUAAGAGGGCACAGAGAAGUUCAGAGUGUAGUUCUUCAUUGCAUAGCUAGCAUAUCAAUUACCAGAAAGGGGAUGUUUGAACCUUUUCUUAAGUCGUUCUUUGUAAGAACUUCGGAUCCUACACAUAUAAAGCUUCUAAAGUUGGAUAUUCUGACUAACUUGGCAACUGAAACUAGCAUUGGGGUCAUAUUAAGAGAAUUUCAAACAUAUAUCUCUAGUAGUGACAAGGAAUUUGUAGGAGCAAGUAUACAGGCAAUUGGUAGAUGUGCAAGUAAUAUAAAGGAGGUAACUGACACCUGUCUGAAUGGAUUGGUUUCAUUAUUGAGUAACAGAGAUGAGACUGUUGUAGCAGAAAGUGUUGUUGUUAUAAAGAAACUCUUACAAACGCAGCCAAACGAGCAUAAAAAUAUAAUAGCCCAUAUGGCUAAGUUAAUGGACUUCAUCACUAUACCACAAGCUAGGGCAUCGAUUUUGUGGCUCCUCGGAGAAUAUUCAGACAGAGUACCCAAGAUAGCGCCGGAUGUUCUUAGGAAAAUGGCUAAAAAUUUCGUGAUUGAGCAAGAUAUAGUGAAGCUACAGAUUUUAAACUUAGCCGUGAAGCUGUGCCUAAACAAUCCUACACAAACUAAACCAUUUUGUGAAUACGUUUUUCAACUUGCGAAAUAUGACCAGAAUUAUGAUAUUAGGGAUCGUACUCGUUUCUUGAGACGUUUCAUUCUCGAUGAGGAUGAUCCGGAAAAAAAACUUCCACAACUUGCAAAAAAAAUAUUCCUAGCUCCAAAACCUGCACCGACUUUAUCAUCCAGAUUUAAAAACUCUGAAUUUCAAUUGGGCACAUUGUCGCACUACUUGGACAUGCCAUGUGCUGGUUACCGUCCAUUACCAUCUUUUCCUGACUUGGCUCCAGAUCCAUCUGUUAGAGAUGUUGCUAGUGGUAGUAUGAGGGAUAUAAGAGAAGAAUAUUGCAGAAAAGAUAAAAAGGACAAGAAGGGAAAAGAAAAAGAUAAGCCUUUUUAUAGCGAUGACGAGAGUAUUCCAGCAGAAGAAUUGGAUAACGAAAAUGAAUCAUCGGACACUUCAUCAAACGAUUCUGCGGAUGAAGAUAGCGAUUCAUCUGAAUAUACAUCCAGCUCCAAUAAAUCUGAAAAUGAUAGCGAUAAAAAGAGAACUGUUAAAGACUCUGAUGAAUCUAAUAACGAAUCUCAAAGUGAAGAAUCAGAUUCAGAAGAGUCUUCUGAAGAAUGCGAAGAGAGUGAGGAGGAGAAGUACAAAGUUUCGAAACAAGACACGAAAGAAACACCAAAAAGUAACAUUGAUCUCCUCCUAGAUCUAGACGACGUUAUUCCCAAGACACUUGUGAUGCAAUUCAACUCGGGAGGUCUUCUCACUCCGAUGAGUGCAAAUACUACAAAUGAAGUGAGAGAAGUAUCAUCUUCAUUUAUUCCAAUAAAAAAGACUGACUUGUUAAAUAGUAUUACGGGUCAUGGUUUAAAAAUUGAGUAUCGGUUUACAAGAUCACAGCAUUUAGUAAGCGCUCAUUUAGUUACCAUUGAAUUAACAUUUUCCAACGAAGGUACGGAGUCUAUUAAAGAGAUUCAAAUGGGAGCAAAGAAUCUACCAAACGGAAUGCUUAUCCAUGACUUUACACAAAUACCACUAUUGGAAACAAACUCUAGUUUAUCCUCUACAUUGGGCAUCAAUUUUAAUGACUCCACACAGCCAGCAAACUUUAAUAUAAACUUUACAAUUGAUGAGGAAACUUAUUCGUGCCCUGUAAUUAUUAAAGCGCCAAUUGGAGAAAUAAUACGGGCGGUACUCCUGCCUGAAAAUACAUUUAUUUCUGAAAGAGCGAAAUUGAAGGGAAUGAAUGAACACGCAGCAAAAGUGCAAUACAAAGAAAAUAAAAAGAAUAUUUCUCAAAUGAUCUAUGAAACUGCAAAUGUUGCAAUGAUAUCUAGUACCGACGAAGAGAUCAGAUUUGCUGCACAUACUCUAGCUUCCAAAUCAUUGGUAUUAGUGACAAUAAAGAUUGCAGAGACUGAAUCUUUGGAAAUCUGUGUAAAUUGUGAGAAAAUGGUUAUAGGUUCUAUCUUAUUAAAUGAACUAAAAAGCAAUUUAAAAUAA